AUGGGAAAAUUUGAUGUUUCACUUAUUCGAUAUUUGUCUUCCGAAGAUUAUCGAGUUCUAACAGCCAUCGAAAUGGGUAUGCGCAAUCAUGAAUUAGUUCCGCUACAACUAUUAGCUGUGAUUGCAUCGCUCAAACACGGUGGUUGUCAUAAAGUUUUACGCGAAUUAGUGCGUUAUAAAUUAGUUGCAUAUGACGCAACCGCUCGCCGAAAGUCCUGCAAUAACGAAGGUUACCGGUUAACGAAUCUUGGCUAUGAUUAUUUAGCAUUGAAAGCACUUGCUUCAAGAGAUAUCAUACAUUCAGUGGGAAAUCAAAUCGGUGUUGGAAAAGAAUCAGAUGUUUACAUUGUUGCGAAUGAAAAUGACGAACAGAUGAUUUUGAAAUUGCACCGAUUAGGUCGAACAUGUUUUCGACAGCUGAAAAAUAAACGUGAUUAUCUGAAACACCGACAAGGCUACAGUUGGUUGUACCUUGCAAGACUUGCUGCGAUGAAAGAAUUCGCUUUUAUGAAAACUUUAUACGAACAUGAGUUCCCGGUUCCAAAACCGAUCGAUUUCAAUCGACACUGUGUUGUUAUGGAGUUAAUCGAUGGUUAUCCACUAUGUAGUAUCAAAGAUAUCGAUAAGCCGGGUAAAAUCUAUGAUGAUUUGAUGUCAAUAAUCAUCCGGCUGGCGUCUUAUGGAUUGAUUCAUUCCGAUUUUAAUGAAUUUAAUCUAAUGAUAUCAGACGAUGAUUAUCGAGUUCUAACAGCCAUCGAAAUGGGUAUGCGCAAUCAUGAAUUAGUUCCACUACAACUAUUAGCUGUGAUUGCAUCGCUCAAACAUGGUGGUUGUCAUAAAGUUUUACGUGAAUUAGUGCGUUAUAAAUUAGUUGCAUAUGACGCAACCGCUCGCCGAAAGUCAUGCAAUAAUGAAGGUUACCGGUUAACAAAUCUUGGCUAUGAUUAUUUAGCAUUGAAAGCACUUGCUUCGAGAGAUAUCAUACAUUCAGUGGGAAACCAAAUCGGUGUUGGAAAAGAAUCAGAUGUUUACAUUGUUGCGAAUGAAAAUGACGAACAAAUGAUUUUGAAAUUACACCGAUUAGGUCGAACAUGUUUUCGACAGCUGAAAAAUAAACGUGAUUAUCUUAAACAUCGGCAAGGCUACAGUUGGUUGUACCUUGCAAGACUUGCUGCGAUGAAAGAAUUCGCUUUUAUGAAAACUUUAUACGAACAUGAGUUCCCGGUUCCAAAACCGAUCGAUUUCAAUCGACACUGUGUUGUUAUGGAGUUAAUCGAUGGUUAUCCACUAUGUAGUAUCAAAGAUAUCGAUAAGCCGGGCAAAAUCUAUGAUGAUUUGAUGUCAAUAAUCAUCCGUCUGGCAUCUUAUGGAUUGAUUCAUUCCGAUUUUAAUGAAUUUAAUCUAAUGAUAUCAGACGAUGGUAAAAUUACGAUGAUAGACUUUCCACAAAUGGUGUCAAUAUCUCAUUUAAAUGCGGAAUACUAUUUUGAUCGUGAUGUUCAAUGUAUACGCGAUUUCUUUCGCCGUCGAUUUGAAUUCGAAACAGACGUUUAUCCAAAAUUCGCUGAUAUCAAGCGCAUACAUUCAUUGGAUAAUGAUGUAAGAGCAAGUGGAUUCACAAAAGAAUUGGAAAAACAGUUCGAAGAAGUAUCGGAAACAAUCGGUCUACGACAAGAUGCUCAACAUUCUGAUCAUUCAUUUGAAGAAGAGGAGGAAGAAGAAGAGAGUGAAAUAGAAGAAGAAGAAGAAGAAGAAGAAGAGGAACAAGUAAAGUCGUCGUUAUCUUCUCCUCCUCAACCCGAAACUGAACAAGUCACAAAAUUGAUAAAAAUCAUCGACACAAAUCAUCUCUUAUCUGCUCCGACCGUUGAGGAAUUGGCUGAAAAUAAGAAUUAUCUUUUCAAACCAUUUCAUGAUGAGAAUAAACAAGAAGCCUCAGAUGAUGACAGUGACGAUAUGAAAUCAACAGUUUCGACAACACAGAAAUUAUCAGCUUUAUCUAUAGACAAAGAUUAUGUUCGAGCGAAAGUGAAACAAUCAUUAAAAAAGAAACUCAAACAACAACAUCGUCGUUUAUGUACGAAAGGCGAAGCAGCGCUGGUUACUGCACAACGACGUGAUCAAAAAGAAACAAUUCAAUUACAUCUCGAAUAA